ACGAGCAAUAUCUCAUAUAUAUAUGUGAAUGUUUGUCAUUCAUUCUUUUACAUACACAUCGAUCGUUUAAUUUGGAUCAAGGGAACAAUUCUUGCAUUCGAAAUCAAGACCUCUAAGUUAUCUGAAUCAUAAGAAUGAUAGAGGCACAAGUCGCUAACAAUGGUGUUGUAAGCAACAACAAUGGUUGUCAAGUGAGGAGAGUUCAUAUUGUCUAUUAUCUUUGUCAUAAUGGACGUAUCGAACACCCUCAUCUCAUUCGUAUUCAUCAUCGUUCACAUAAUGGUGUUCACUUAAAAGAUGUUAAGAGAUGGCUAUCUAAACUACGAGGAGAGGACAUGCCACAAAAAUUCGCUUGGUCAUACAAGAGAAAGUACAAAGGAGGAUAUAUUUGGCAAGACAUAUUGGAUGAAGACCUCAUAACCCCAAUUUGUGACAACGAAUAUGUUCUUAAAGGAUCACAAAUAUCCAAAACAACAUCAAACAAUGUGAAUGAAGACUUUGAGCCAAAAAGUUCGUCACCAUAUGAAGUCAUUACAAAUGAUCAAAAAUACCCUUCAACAAGAAAAGAAUAUUCUCUAGAUUUCUCAACGAAUACUUCAACUAACAUCGAAGAAUCCUCGUUUGGCUCCAAUGUGGAAACAGAGGACACAAUAAAGAAUCAAGACGAAUACAAAGACGAAGAAGUUGUACAAAACCUACAGGACAAAAAUGAGAAUAAUUCCUUGAAGGAAAGGUUGUUGAAUAAGAACGCGAAUGAUUACAAUGAAAAUAAUAAUAAGAACAAGAAAAGUGGUAUUCGUGAAAGUGUAACAAGUUGUUUCAAAGUUUCUCCAUCACCAACUACGUCGUUUAGAAAAUCUAAUCGAGCAUCAUCCAUGUUACGGAAUUGGAUCACUUGUGGGACUACUAGCACACAUGAAAAUGCGGUGGUAGUGAAUAGUAAACGACAUAGUAGUAGAAUUUUUUCUACGGUAAAUUGUAAAGAAAAUAACACGGGUCGUCAGUUGUGCAAAGAACAGACGUUCAAAGAAUACGAGAAAAGCUUUGAUGGGGAGAGUAGAUUUAACAAGAACAAGAGUAAGAAGGAGAAGGAUGACUCAAAUAAUGUCAAAACAUUUCCAGCAGCUCAUAAGCCUUUUAAUGGCCCGAAAUGCUCGCAGUGCGGGAGGCAGUUCAAUCCCGAGAAGCUUCAUAGCCACAUGCAAUACUGCAGAGGAAUGAAAGCAAUGGCCAGGUCUGCCAGCUCAAGGGCUAAAACAAAGACAUCAAGACCAUAUUCACCAUCUACAACUCCAUCUUUGCAUACCUUAUUACUUGAAAAAUAGCAUAACACUGCUACUCGGUUUUUGAGCUUCCUUUUGAUGUUGUUUCCCAUUUAUGUUACUAUUUGUGACAAUAGGGUGAUAGUCGACUCACUGAAAGCAAUACUUGUGUAAAAUCAAAGAAUGUAUGUGUAUAAAGAAUUACUAGUUGUACUAUGCUCAA